AUGAGCAGCUCUGGAAAACGCCCAAUUGAUGGCUAUGUCGACCCAAACUUUCCCAACCCUGACGGCAGAUGGGAUACGCCCGUGAUUAUUUACGGUUACACGCCCGCAUUCUCUCUCGCCGUCUUCGCUGCAGCCUGGUUCGCCCUCUUCCUCGUCAUCCACCAGGUACAGACAAUCCGCUUUCGCAGCUGGUACUUUAUCACAUUCCCAAUCGGUCUUCUCUUUGAGAUCGUGGGCUAUGUUGCUCGUUCACUCUCAGCCAAGAAGGAUCCGUACCAUCUGCUGUACUUCAUUCUCAACUACUUCUUCAUCGUUACGGCGCCUGUGUUUCUUGCCGCUGGCGUGUACACUAUCCUUUCUGCGCUGAUUCCUCGACUCGGAAGACGAUAUUCGUUCCUGCCACCAAAGUUUAUUCUUUGGUUCUUCAUUACUUCCGAUGUUAUUGCUACAGUUGUGCAGAUCACUGGUGCUGCUCUGAUUGGUGUAAGACAGUCGAACCGCGAUGAUCCAACGGACGCCAAUAACAUUCUUCUUGGAGGGUUGGCAUACCAGGUUUUCUCCCUCGGUGUGUUCGUUAUCCUCACGGCUUCAUUCCUUUUCCGUGCUCGAAGGGAGGUUACUUCACGCGGCAAGAAGCUCAGUUUGUUCUGUGUUGCUUUCGGGGUGGCUACCCUUAUGAUUUAUCUUCGAACCUGCUUCCGUCUGGCAGAAACAGCCGAAGGCCUUGGGGGACAUUUAUAUUCGAACGAGAUCUUCUUUGCUUGUCUGGAGUUCGCUCCGGUGGCAUUGGCUGUCUUACUCUUUGCUAUUUGGCAUCCCGGGAGAUGUGUCGGCAAGAAGGUCAGGCCGCUGGAGCCGAGACCUUCAGCGGCAGAGCUCCACCUAAGCUCCGGGGCUGCUUACAACUUCAACAAGCUCCAAGAAUGCCAGCUCAUCCUCAUCAUCAGCAACCUCACAAGCAAAUGCACGAUGCCCCCUCUUCCCCCUUCCGCCAACUCUUUACCGCGGCUGAUCACAUAUUACCAAACUCAUCAUGACUCCUCGGGGAAUCUCAUCUCUCCCCUCUCUCUCAUCACACAACCCGGUAUCGCCAUAACCCACGUCAUUGUUGCCGCCAUUCAUAUCAACGAUGAUCCUCAAAAGAUUACGCUCAAUGACUACCACCCGUCUCACCCCAUUUUCCAGACUAUGUGGGCUGAGCUGCGCGUGCUACAAGCCUCGGGUGUUAGGGUGAUGGGCAUGCUAGGCGGUGCUUGUAAGGGCAGCUAUGCACGACUGGAUGCCGACCAAGAGACGUUUGAUCGGUACUACGGCCCCGUCAAAGACAUGAUUCGAGAGCGCGGCCUGGACGGCCUGGAUCUGGACGUUGAAGAGGAAAUGACUCUGGGAGGAAUUGUGCGGCUGAUAGACCGUCUACGCAGCGAUUUUGGGCCUACUUUCAUCAUCACCCUAGCACCAGUCGCCAUGUCUCUUCUUGACUUCACCAAGAAUCUCAGCGGUUUUGACUACGAGGCUCUCGAGGUGAUGCGCGGCCGUGAUAUCGCAUGGUACAACACACAAUUCUACUGCGGCUGGGGAGAUUGUAGUAACCCCCUUAUGUACGAUCUCAUGGUCCGCAAGGGCUGGCCACCCGAGAAGAUCGUCAUCGGACUUGUCACCAAUCCUGAGAAUGGAAGCGGCUAUGUGCCGAUGAACCCUCUCAAUAUGGUGCUCACCACGCUGCGGGGCCGAUAUGGAGCGUUUGGAGGAAUCAUGGGCUGGGAGUACUUCAACAGUUUGCCUGGAGGAAAAGAACGACCAUGGGAGUGGGCCAGGGAGAUGACCAAAUUGUUGAGAGGGCAUUUAUUGUCGGCACCUGCACAGGCUACACAACCAGUACAGCCGGUGGCGGUAGAAAGUGGUCCAAAAGCAAAGAACGAAGACGUUGACCCAGAUGGACCUGGUGGACAAGAUGCACCAGUGCCAAAACAGUUUGACUACUACUCGGAUGGGCUUGAUGAUUAG